GGAAUUGGGCAAUAUGAGUAGAAAUAAUGAAGAUGGUGAGCAGCUUUACCGUUGCAAUAUUUUGUUCAGUAGUUUUCUUGGCUUAUUGGGCAUGGAAAAUCUUGAGCUGGUUAUGGUUUGAGCCAAAAAAGUUGGAGAAGAGACUCAGACAACAGGGUUUCAAUGGAAACUCGUACCGGCCGCCAUUCGGGGACCUUAAAGAGACUGUCAAGUUGAUGGAAGAAGCCAGUUCCAAGCCUAUCAGUUUCACCAACGAAAUUUUGCCUAGAAUUUUGCCAGCCCUUGACAAAACUAUCAAGAAUUAUGUUGUGGUUUUAUUGGCAGGCAAGAAUGCUUUUAUGUGGAUGGGGCCCCAACCAGAGGUCCUCAUCAUGGACCCUGAACUUAUAAGGGAGAUAUUCUCCAAAUACACUGUGUUUCAGAAGCCUCCAAGUAACCCAUUGAUUAAGCUGCUAGCCCAAGGACUGGCAACUUAUGAGAAAGAUAAAUGGGUUAAGCACAGAAGACUUCUUAAUCCAGCUUUUCACGCUGAAAAAUUGAAGAAUAUGGUACCAGCAUUCUAUUUCAGCUGUUCGGAGAUGCUAAGCAAAUGGGACAAACUCGUUGCGGCAGAAGGAUCGGAGUUGGAUGUUUGGCCUUAUCUCAGAACACUCACAGCUGAUGGGAUUUCAAGAACAGCCUUUGGCAGUAACUAUGAUGAAGGAAGAAAGAUAUUUGAACUUCAACAGGAACAGGCAGUGCUUGCUGUUCAAGUAGCACGCUCCUUGUACAUUCCAGGUUUGAGGUUUUUACCAACCAAAACGAACAGAAGGAUGAAGCAAAUCUUUAACGAAGUGAGAUCAUCAAUACUAGGAAUGAUUGAUAAAAGAAUGAGGGCUAUUGGGGCAGGGGAAUCAAGAAAUGAUGACUUGUUGGGCAUAAUGCUGGAAUCAAACCUCACUGAAAUCCAACAGCAUGGAAGUAAGAGCUAUGGAAUGAGUAUCGACGAAAUAAUAGACGAGUGCAAGCUAUUCUACUUUGCCGGGCAGGAGACAACCUCAACUUUACUGAUCUGGACAAUGAUCUUACUAGGCAAGCAUUUGGACUGGCAAGAACGAGCAAGAGAAGAGAUUUUACAAGUCAUUGGCACAACAGAGGAACCAGAUUCCGACAAGUUAAACCAACUCAAAAUUGUAACUAUGAUCUUGAACGAGGUUUUGAGGUUGUAUCCACCGGGGGUUCUAUUAACUCGAGCCAUUGAACAAGACGCCAAAUUGGGAAACAUAACCUUACCGGCCGGAAUUCAUAUCCACAUCCCACUCAUUCUGCUGCAACAAGACGAAGAAAUGUGGGGCGAAGAUGCAAAGGAGUUCAACCCCGAGAGGUUCAGCGAAGGGAUUAGCAAAGCAACGAAAGGGCAGUUCUCCUUCUUCCCGUUCGGGUGGGGACCUCGGAUUUGCAUCGGACAGAACUUCGCCAUGUUAGAGGCCAAGAUGGCAUUCGCUAUGAUCCUACGCCGCUAUGCUUUCGAGUUGUCCCCGUCUUAUGCGCAUGCUCCCCAAGCUGGAACUGCUCUCGUACCUCAGUAUGGCGCUCAGUUAAUUCUUAGAAAACUAGAGAACAAUUAGAUGGGCAAAAAUGAAUACUGCUUAGCUUCUUGAAUCUUGAGUGCGUGUUUUAGCUCAGACUACUCUGCUUAUUAUCAGCUUGUGUAUCAUAGAUCUGGUAUUUACUAUCAUUAUAGCUAAGGGUUUGUAGUGUGACGGCGUUUUCAUUAUCUCUCUCAAUUAUUUCACAAUUAUAAAUCUCAUCCCUCUUUUAAUUC